UACCGGCCGCGUCGGGGGAGGGGCGGGCUUCUGGCCAGCGCCUCUUCGGGGGGCGUUCUGGGUUGUUUGAUCCUCAGAGGGUAGCGGCCUGCCGAGGAGAUGGCGGAGCAGCUGGACUUCGCGGUCCAGGACUCGGAUGAGGAGAGUGACGAGGUGAUCCUGACCCCCGCGGAGCUCAUUGAGCGGCUGGAGCAGGCCUGGUUGAAUGAGAAGUUUGCCCCCGAGCUGCUGGAUAGCAAGUGUGAGAUCGUGGAUUGCAUGAUGGAGCAGCUGGAUCACAUGGAAAGCAAUCUCAGGAGAGCCCCAAAGGGGGACCUGAAGGUCGCCAUCCAUCGGAUGGAGUUGGAAAGGAUCCGCUUCGUCCUCAGCAGCUAUCUGCGGUGUCGGCUCAUGAAGAUAGAGAAGUUCUUCCCUCACAUCCUGGAGAAGGAGCAGUCACGGCCUGAGGGGCAGCCGUCCAGCCUGUCUCUGGAAGAGCUAGUCUUUGCCAAAGAGUACAUGGCCAGCACAGAGAGCUACCUCAAGAAUGUGGCCUUAAAGCAUAUGCCGCCCAAUCUACAAAAAGUGGACCUCCUCCGCGCAGUGCCCAAGCCCGACCUAAAUUCAUACGUGUUUCUGAGAGUGAAAGAGCGACAGGAGAACAUCCUGGUGGAGCCUGAGUCUGAUGAGCAGAGGGACUACGUCAUCGACCUGGAGGAGGGCUCGCAGCACCUGAUCCGCUACAAAACCAUUGCACCUCUGGUCGCUUCUGGUGCUGUACAGCUAAUCUGAAGCUGUGAAUCCCCGGCACGGAGACAGGGCCCCUGGGCAGGGAUACCAGACGCCCACCUACCGUUCUGUGAGGGGCAACGAUGAUGAUGAGGCUCUGCAGACCUCUGACCUUUCCACAGAACUGUGUGGCUCCCUUGAAAGGGACUGAUGGAGGCUCCUGCCCAGCUGCCUGCCGUUCUGGCUGGCGUCAGCAGGUGGGGCCAUUGCUCUGUGCCGGGCACCUUUCUCCUCUGAAGGCAGCCAGAGGAUGCAUCGACCUGUUACCUCCCAGUGGAAAGAAUACAGAGAUGAACGCAACUGGGCCCUCUGGGUUGUGGGAACUAACCUUUGGAACUUCUGUUACUAUGUUUGAAAUCUGUCAUACUGAACCUCCAGCCCCAACCAAACCAAUAAAUCCUUGUUACUCUCCAAGUUUGUACAAGAA